AUGCAGUUGAGGAAUUUGGCUCUCCUGGCCACCGCGGGCAUCGCGCCUAGCGUCAAUGCUGCUGCGACUCUUCGAUUCUCGUGUUCGCAGCUCGUCGUCGAACGUCUAGAUCCUCUCGUUAACCCUGGAGAGAACCCGUCGCCCCAUCUUCACCAGGUCGUUGGAGGAAAUGCCUUCAAUGUUUCUAUGGACCCUACCGUACACGAUUUGCCCACAACGGCAACAUGUACAUCGUGUACACCAGUUGAGGAUUUCUCCAACUACUGGACUGCUGUUCUCUUCUUCAAGGCACGAAACGGAACAUUACACCGCGUAAACACCUUCGGAAACGAGCUCGGUUUCACACAAGCCAAGGGCGGCCAGACCGUCUACUACCUGUCGUCCGGCAAGGUCACCGCCUUCAAGCCCGGUUUCCGCAUGACAGUCGGAGACCCAAGCAUCCGAACUGCGGAUGAGUUAAACAAGAGAUACAAGUACAUGGACUUUACCUGCCUGCAAUCGUCCAUGACCCGAGGUGGCCAGACAACCCACUUCCCCACCGGGACAUGCGCGGCCGGUAUCAUGGUCUCCAUCCGCUUCCCGACUUGCUGGGACGGCAAAAACGUCGACAGCCCGGACCACCAGAGCCACGUCGCCUACCCCAACGGCAAUGCUUGCCCGUCUACUCACCCCGUUACAGUUCCACAAGUCUUCUACGAGACCUACUGGGACACCCGUCCCUUCAACAACAAAGCAGAAUGGCCAGCCGACGGAUCGCAGCCCUUCGUCUGGUCCUUCGGCGACAAGACCGGGUACGGAAUCCACGGCGACUACGUCUUCGGCUGGAAGGGCGAUGCGCUCCAAAGAGCUAUGGACGCUAACUGCAACUCUGACCUCUUCGCCAACCGAAUCAACUGCGCCACUCUUAAGACCCAAUCGCUCGAGCAGGCGAACCAGUGCCUUAAGACCAAGACCGUCACUGAGAAUCUCGACGGCUGGCUUACUGAGCUUCCUGGCGGCAUGCCCAUCAACUGA